ACAGUUUGUUUUUUGGGUGACCGUAUACGAUAAAGGCAAAAUUAAGAAGGUUUUUUAAUAAUUGAUUUAAUAUGUCCAGAAAUUGGUUUCGAUCGAACGCUUCAUAGCGCGCGAAGCGAUUUGAAGAAACGAGCAACCCUCACCACAUGUAGCCCUAGAAGCGCAUAAAGCAGAUGAACCCGAUUUCAAAUCGAAUAGGAGAUAACAUAUACUACGUCAACCGCGUGGUUCGUCUAAGUGACUUUGUUUACGCACAGCACACUGAUAACUGCGCAGACCCACCACUAACCAGUGUAGAGCGAACCGGCAAAGAGUAGACAACCUGUUUUUAAAAAGGCACUUAUUUAUACGAUUGGGAAGUUAGCCACUUUUUGUAUGAGAUAACAUAUUUGACGCAUUUAGUAAUGGAAACUAUUCGAGAUGUUUGUAUCGAAGGAUCACCUCAUCGAUUAGAAAAUGCGUAUAGAGAGAUAUUUACGAAAGGGGCGAUACAGUUUCUACUAGAUUUGUACACCGAAUUUGAUGGUGAGGUUGAAAAGCUACUGAGACGGAGGCUUGAGCGACAACUGUACAUCAAGCAAGGUAAAUGGAAACCCGAAUUUAGGAAUAACAGCGAAGAAUUGGACUGGAAAAUUAAUGAUCUUCCUGCCAGACUGAGGAAUCGGAAACUAGAUCUAGGAGAUGUCAGUCCAGCUAACACCACCAACUUUGUGGACAGUUUGUACGCCAAGGUGCAAGGCAUUCAAGUGGAUUUUGACGAUGGCCACUGUCCAACCUGGAGGAACACGGUGCAAGGAUUGUAUAAUGUUACCAAAGCCGUGCACGCUGCCUUGCCUGGAGCUCCGGCGAACAUUAAAGCUUGUCCAUUGUUGAUGCUCAGACCGAGGGCGUUCAAUAUGAUUGAGCAUCACUGUAUGGUGAACGGGAAGCAAGUCGUUGGACCUUUAUUUGACUUUGCUAUUCUGAUGUAUCACAAUGCUAAAUUGAUGGCUGAUUUGGAAGUUGGACCCUAUUUCUAUUUGUCAAAAAUAGAAGGCCCGAACGAAACACAACUGUGGAAUAAAAUUUUCACAUGGACUGAACAUCGACUGAACCUGCGAAGUGGAACGAUAAAGGCUUGUGUUUUGAUUGAAAACAUUCUGGCCGCCUAUCGAAUGGAAGAUAUCCUACAUUCCUUAAAGGAACACGCGAUUGGAUUGAACUGCGGAAUUUGGGACUACUCGGCGAGCAUCAUUGCCAAAUUUGGUGAUGGCCCAGACUUCAUGAUUCCCGAUCGUAACAAAUAUGUUAACAUGGGUCAAUCUUUUCUGAAAAACUAUAUGACCUUACUAAUCCACAUUUGUCACAAACGAGGAGCUCUAGCAACUGGUGGAAUGGCUGCUAAAAUUUUACCAUGUGGAAAGGGAUCAAAUAAUGUUGUUGAUGAUAUCGUGAAUGGUGUUAAACUAGCCAAAUCUAUUGAGAUUGAUGCUGGGGUAGAUGGAUUUAUGAUCUAUGAUUUGCGGAUGGUGGAUGCAAUUAACGAUCUUUGGAGUUUCAAGUGUCCGACUGACAAUCAACUACAUUGUCUGCCCAAUGUAGAUCACAUUACGGGUUUCAGUCUAAUAAAAAUACCCACAGGCGGAGUUACAAUGCAAGGGUUGAACAACAACAUUACAGUAGCGUUGCUGUUCAUCUAUCAUUGGUUAACCGGAAGCGGCGUGUUUUAUUUGAAUGGAGCUGUUGAAGACUCCGCUACAGCAGAGAUCUCUCGAUCGCAAAUAUGGCAGUGGAUUCGUCACAAGGCGCAGAUUGAGGAUAAACCAGGUGCUCAUGUUACAAGAUUAUUGGUUUACACAAUGUUGGAGGAGAUCAUAGGCAACGCGUACAAAACUUGGUGUACUUCAACAGCUGACCGGAAGCGGUUACUGUCUUCGAAAUAUAUUCUGUUAGAGAUUAUUUCUUCGCGUCACUAUAUCGAGUACAUUACGACUUAUCUAAGCGACAGCCAUAAGUUCCGCACACUGCACAACAAAAACGAUGGAUUGGAGUCGAAAUUAUAAAUUAGAAAAUGGAAAGCAUAACCAUACGUACAAAGAUACUAGGAAAAGGUUAACCGGUCUCGAAAACUGUACUUUUGUUUAACAAAAUUGGGAAUAUAUGGGAUAGUGUUCAAACAAUUUUA